AUGAGUAUCCAAAAGUGUUUGUUGGACAACUCCAGCAGGAUGAUAAAGGCGAUGUCGACUGCUAAGUCGAGUACUAGCGAGGUGAAAAUGAAAACUACUCGCAGUUGGAUCGAGAGCACGUUUCAGAAAAGAGAGUGCAAAUAUUUCGUGCCCAGCGCUAAGGAUGAGCAUGUGUGUUGGUGCGGGCUUAGCAAGACAGCACACGGUUCGAACACCCAGACCGCCAACCCUGGGGAGGCAUGGGUACCAGCUCGACAUACACAGUCGGCUCCAACUGAUGCCUAUGGAACUGUUGAGUUUCAGGGAGGACCACAUCCAACCAAAGCACAGUAUGUUCGACUUUCCCACGACACAAGACCAGAGUUAAUAGUGCAACUGCUAACAAGAGAAUGGGCCCUCGACCGACCGAAACUGCUCAUCACCAUCCAGGGUGGCAAAGCGAACUUUGAUCUUCAACCAAAGCUUAAGAAAGUGCUAAGAAAAGGACUGCUCAAGGCUGCAAAGACCACUGGUGCCUGGAUAUUCACUGGAGGCACUAAUACCGGUGUUACCAGACAAGUAGGCGACGCGUUGCAGCUGGAGCGGUCGCAGCGAGCAGGUAGAGUGGUCAGCAUCGGUAUCGCACCCUGGGGUAUCGUCGAGGGCGCCAACGAACUCAUCGGUAGAGGCAGAGAUGUCCCGUACCACGCGAUAGCGUCACCAAGAUCAAAACUAGCAGUGCUAAACAACAGGCACGCCUACUUUCUUCUGGUAGACAAUGGAUCAGUUGGCCGGUACGGAGCUGAGAUCGUGCUUAGGCGAAAGCUGGAGAAGUACAUCGCGGCGCAGAAACUACAUCCAUACACACACUCAUCGACUCCGGUGGUCUGUCUGGUGAUAGAGGGCGGCACUAACACAGUGCGUGCAGUGCUGGAGUAUGUCACUGAUACACCUCCGGUACCGGUGGUCGUUUGUGACGGCAGCGGUCGAGCAGCUGAUCUUAUUGCUUUUGUUCACAAGUAUGCAUCAGAAACAGGCGAGCAAACAGUACUGGAGUCGAUGCGGGAUUACCUGAUCAGCACCAUUCAGAAGACCUUCGAAGUGGGCAUGCAGCAAGCAGAACUGCUGUACGGGGAACUGCUGCAGUGUACUAGGAAGAAGAAUCUGAUCACGGUGUUCCGAAUCCAAGAGCGUGCUGAAGGUGGCGAGGUGCAGGAACUUGACCAGGUCAUCCUAACGGCUUUGUUCCGAGCUCAACACCUGUCUCCCAGUGAACAGCUGUCCUUGGCACUAACAUGGAACCGAGUGGACAUUGCCAGAUCCGAGAUCUUCGUGUACGGACAAGAAUGGCCGCCAGGUGCACUCGACGAGGCUAUGAUGCAGGCGUUAGAACACGAUCGUAUAGACUUCGUGAAACUGCUACUAGAAAAUGGUGUUUCAAUGCGCAAAUUCUUAACCAUCCCUCGACUAGAAGAGCUUUAUAACACAAAGAGUGGUCCCAGUAACACGUUGCGGUACAUUCUGAGAGAUGUCAGACCACACUUGCCAAGAGGGUACGUUUAUACCCUGCAUGAUAUUGGACUCGUUAUCAACAAGCUGAUGGGUGGGGCCUAUAGAUGUUACUACACAAGACGUAAGUUCCGUCCGAUUUACGCGAAGGUGAUGAACAAGAGUGUAAACGUUCACCGGAACAGUGCCUCGUUCACCAGACACAACGCUGGUGGACUCUCCCUCAUCACCGGCUUCAUGCCUGUCACCACUGAGAUGGCGCUCUUCGACUAUCCUUUUAAUGAAUUACUUAUGUGGGCGGUAUUAACAAAAAGACAUCAAAUGGCUUUGCUGAUGUGGACGCACGGUGAGGAAGCGUUGGCCAAGUCUCUAGUAGCGUGUAAGCUGUACAAAGCCAUGGCGCACGAAGCGGCUGAGGAUGACAUGGAGACUGAAGUGUACGAAGAACUCAGGCAUUAUGGCAAGGAGUUUGAGAAUAAAGCGUUGGAGCUUCUAGACUACUGCUAUCGUCAGGACGACGACCAGGCGCAGCAGCUGUUGACGUGCGAGCUCCAGAACUGGUCUGGACAAACCUGUCUCAGCCUCGCCGUCGCAGCCAAUCACCGCGCGUUGCUUGCUCACCCUUGCUCACAAAUCAUACUGGCUGACUUAUGGAUGGGAGGUCUCAGAACAAGAAAGAACACCAAUUUAAAGGUAAUUCUGAGCCUGCUGUGUCCGCUGUACAUUCUCCAACUGGAGUUCAAGUCGAAGGAAGAACUGCAGCUGAUGCCGCAGACCGAGGAGGAACAUCUCGAGAACGAGAGCAUCGAGGAUGAUAGAAGUACGAAGGACCCGAACGACGCUGAGGCGUUGAUUGGCUCAGGGGCCGAAUGCGAAACUCGUGUCGAUCAGAACGGAAAAGUUGGUAAAAUAGGGUGGGAACCCUCGUAUAGAGAGCUGCCCGAGCCCCACGCGCCUGAAGACAAAAUGAUGAGGCCGCUGAGGCUCAAGAAGAAGAUCUACGAGUUCUUCACGGCGCCCAUCACCAAAUUCUGGGCCGAUUCGAUAGCCUACAUAUUGUUCCUAUUGAUGUUUACAUAUACAGUAUUAGUGAAAAUGGACCCGACGCCGUCUUGGCCAGAGAUUUAUUCUAUAUGUUAUAUAUUAACGUUCUUAUGUGAGAAGAUAAGAGAAAUUAUUACGUCCGAACCUGUUGCUAUUAGACAUAAGUUCAGCGUAUGGGCGUGGAAUCUAUGGAACACGUACGACGCGGGUUUCAUAAUAUUCUUCCUGGUCGGCCUGACCCUGAGGUUCAGGACCGUGUCCAUGGACGUCGGCAGGGUCAUCUACUGCGUCGAUAUUAUUUAUUGGUACUUAAGGAUAUUGAAUAUAUUGGGAGUUAAUAAGUACUUAGGUCCUCUAGUCACAAUGAUGGGUAAGAUGGUAAAAAACAUGAUAUACUUCGUGGUGCUAUUACUGGUGGUGCUAAUGUCGUUCGGAGUCGCGCGGCAAGCUAUUUUGUACCCAGACGAAGAAGCAAGCUGGCAUCUUAUUAGAGAAAUCUUCUUCCAACCGUACUUCAUGUUGUAUGGCGAGGUGUUCGCUCCAGACAUCGACCCUAAGUGCGGGAAGAACCCCGGCGAGCCCAAGUGUGUGACCGGCAGGUGGAUCUCUCCCGUCGUGAUGACCAUGUACUUGCUCGUCGCAAACAUUUUACUCAUAAACCUACUCAUUGCAGUCUUUAACAAUAUAUUUAAUGAAGUCAAUGAAGUCUCGCAUCAGGUAUGGAUGUUCCAAAGAUUCACAGUGGUGAUGGAAUACGAACAGAAGCCAGUGUUGCCACCUCCGCUGAUAACGUUAUGCCACAUAUACGCAAUAGGCAAGUGGGUGACCAGGAACGUAUCGCACAAACGGUUUCAGUACGACAACGGGCUCAAAUUGUUUUUAGAAAAAGAAGAUAUGGAACGGUUGUAUGAUUUUGAAGAGGAAUGUGUAGAAGGAUAUUUUAGGGAACAAGAAGUUAAAUUGUCUAAUUCGAUAGAAGAGAGAGUGAGAAACACCACUGAUAGGGUAGAACAUAUCACGACCAAAAUGGAAGACUUGAAUCAAAAAGCUAAUUGCCAAAUACAGUCAGUGCAGAGUGUAGAAUUUAGGUUACGAAAGUUAGAAGACGUGGCGGAGCAGACGAUGAAUCAUUUAGCAGUGAUCCACCGGUUCAUGGCUACGCAUCCCUCCCUCGUGAACAGAGGAUCCACAGACACCCUCGGUCCUCCACCUCCUACUUUCCAAGCUGGAGGCGCCAGGCUACGGACCGCCAGUGACCGAUCUGAGGAUGAAAUGCCGCAAUCCGGUCCCGAGGCUGCUGCGGAGAAAGAGCCAGAAGCAGACUCGAUAUCAACGUCAUCAGGGGAAGGGCAUGCAGGUCCUAAUAUAACCGUAGUCAAAGCACAGCCACCCAUCACACCAGCCCGGCAGAGGUCAUCAGACAGCAACAGGACGGAACCUAGCGAUGAGAAGAAAGAUCUAUACCUACCUCCUCGUCUAGUUGCAUCGUCGACAGAUGACGCUUUCUUGCCAGAAGUGCGCGAGGUACCAACAGAUCUACAAAGUCUUCGUCCUCGCACCACCUCAGCAGGAACUAGGCGUACUGCCAACACCAGACGGCGUUCGGAGGGUGGCAAUGACUGCGGCAUGGGAGGCCACUACUCCACGCAGCACCUGGCGCCGCGCCGCCAACACAGUCAGACACACUCCGAGCCUGACAACUCCGCCGUCGACGCCGGCUCCGUGCACAACUCCGUCACUGGAACAAGCCGUCAGUCGGGUUGGGAAGCCACGGGCGGUGCUACGGGCAUUCCUUCAGGUCGCAGUCGAGUGGGUGGAGCACCUCGGUCUCUGCUGCUAGCCAUGCACGAGUACACCAGCAUCACUGAUGAACUGGAAACCGUAUAUGGGUUGUUCUCACCACCACAUACACCCAGGACACCAAUCACCUCCCGCCUCCUGUCACCGGCGCGAGCAGCCUCUCCUUCAGUUCGUCGCCGCCACGCCAGCGAAAUGUCCAACCCCGAGUUCGCCUUGUUCAUGGAGAAAGAACACCUUCGAGGAGCCGAGGAAGAUGACUACAUCAUCAUGGAGAACUUGAUCCAGAGGCGCCUAGAAAUGGGUGGUCUGGACAGAUACGAGGAGGAGGAGGGCGAGGGCGGGGAGGGGGGCGGCGUCAGCGGCAUCAGCAUCAGUGUCUGCGUCAACACCAGCGCCGGGGACGACCACGCCGUGCCGCCGCAGGCUGCCUCGCAUCUCACCGUCGGCGACCGACGCCUGCCGCACCAGAGGCACUCGUUGCGUCGGUCGUCAGCUAUCGACAGUCGCGAGCUGCCGUCGCCGCUGCAGCCGCUGCUGGAUGACGAUGCGUGUGGAGAAGUACUGCUGCCGGUACCUCGACAGCCUUCUGGCGACACAAACGCUUCAAGCGAGCUGUCUCUAUCGCACAUGGUGUCAGAGAGCCUGCCGCCGCGGCCGUCCAUCGUACUGGACUCGUCGCAGCUGCCGCGACAGCGCUCCGCCGACCAGCCGCCGCAGCCGCCCGGACCCGCCCGGCCCGAGACCAUGUGCUAA